AUGAAGCGGUCAAAAAACUCAGCUAAACUCCGGCACAAGGAGGAGUUAAACAACCAAUUACGAAGACGCAACAUUUCGCUUUUUAUUCAACAAGUUGAGAAAGAAGCGCAAGAGCGAAUGAAAGAACUGGAGUGCGGACUGGGCAACCUGUUGGCGAAUAUCGAGCAAGUUUUCGAAGUGGAGCUUAUGAAGCUGCCGCCCGCGAUUCGUGAGACACGCCUUGGGGAUUUAAUAACCGGGGAAGAAUUUGCUUCCAGCGAUGUGUCUAUCGCCCCGCAGGGGGCUGACAAUACAGCCCGAAGCAGGCCCUUGACUGCCACAAUCAGUGCAGGAAAUCUCGGAGCUGCGGCUACCCAGAAAGGACGCCCGCGGACAAAAACCAGUGGCGAGGCCAGGCCAGCCAAACGGAAAAUCAGGAAUGUGGUCUCCACAGGGGAUUUGGACUGCUCAGAAGCCGGAUCUGCCGCCCACAUCACCGUGACCACGGGACAGGGACAGACUAUGUGCUUUUCUGAGGAAAACAAAGACAACGUCAACUUUGACUUGUUGGAUGACGUGGCGUUGCAUCAAAUUCAAAAGCUUGGGAAGAUGAUCGAAUACCUGUCCAGAAAAGGUCGCAGCAAAAAAUGA